AUGGCACUGGCCCACCACGACUUGACUCGCCCAUACCUGCAUCAUCGCGUGGAGCUGGCUAACUCAAUCGCAUCGCGUCUCAUCCCUGCGUUAUCCGCCAUUCGUCUGUCCCCGUCCGUCCGCAAGCUGGAUCUUGUUUGCGAGCCCACUAAUUUAGCCGCGACUUCAGCAGCCACAUCGCAUUCACGAUCCGAUCUACUGACCAGCUCUGCGCUCCGUGUAAGAGGCUCGAUCAAACGCGGCACCUCUGCAACACGGUCUUCAGCGGCAGCGUCGGAUCAUCCAGGAUCGGUGGAGCGAUUCGCGGAAGAUAGCGAAGGCGGAAGCUCUGGCUGUGGCGGAGCAGCAGUAGUUAACGUGCUGGAUCGGGGGACUAGCGCAGAAGAGGCGUCGCCGCUUUUAGAGCGCAGAGGAAACGCGCUGGGGGAGUCGCGGGACGGCUUUUUCUGGAGCGAUUCAGAAGACGAGGCAGGGGAAAGGCGUGAAAAUGGCGGUGGCGAUGGCGACGGCGGGAAUGCGAUGCGCGACACUCACCCGACCACUUCGUCAUCUUCGUCGUCGUCGUCGCGACUGUUGCACGUGUUGUCCGUCAUCAACGACAGUACCAAGUGGGUGGCGACAGUCGCGACAGCCGUGACUGUGAUCGCGACGCACAACCGAGCCGCGGCGUGGUUCGUGGUGGGCGCCGUGCUUAACGUCGCCAACGGCAAGGCGCUCAAGCGCAUUCUCCGCCACGAGCGCCCCGAGACGGCGCGCGGAAAGAAGGCGGACCCCGGCAUGCCGUCGUCGCACGCGCUGAGCCUGUCGUACCUCUCCGUCUAUGGCGCUGUUGCAGCUCUGCAGCGCUUCGGCAUGACACCUUACACCAUAACCGGCGCCUCCCUACUGGUUUCUCUUGCCGCCUUCUUGGCCAUACUGCGAGUGGUUCUAGGCCUGCAUACGCCCGCACAGAUAGCUGUGGGCUGGGUAAUGGGCACAGCUGUGGCCCUCCUCUGGUCGCACGCUGCUUCCUCUCUCCCACAGCUGCCGUUUCUGCAGCAACAUGCGGCAUGGGUGGAUGCGGGUGUGGUAGUGGCGGGAAUGGUGAUGUUUUCGCUCUUUGUGCUGGUGGAAGUGCGGAAAUGGCUUGCCAAGGCUGGAGGAGGGGUGAUGCGACAGAGGGGGGAGAAGGGAUGA